AUGCUCAUUACUUUCCUCUCCGUUUCGCUCGUCGCUUUCCUUCAGGUUGCGCAAGCAAUAUCCAUGAUAGACUACUCUCCCAGCUGCGAUGUCGAACCUGACUUUGUCCAUUGGUACUCAGAGUUGCUUAGGAACAACGAAACACCUAACAUCACGACUGAGUACGCUCAAUUUUUCGCUCCUAAUGGCAGUCUCGUUGUCCUAGGAGCCGUUUCUAUUGGCGCAGAAGCGAUCCUGACCUCUCGUCGCGCCAUGUUGCCUACCAACGGCUCUGUUAUAUGGAAUCACUUUCCCAACACGACAACUGUCGCGAGCGAAUCAUCAACUGAGAAGGUUUACCAGGUAUCUGGUGUUCUCGAGAUCACUACCCCUGCCGGUGGGAACUGUACACAAACCUAUUUCCAGACUCUGUUUACCCUGGAGAAAAACGAAACGACCAAGGUCCCGAACUUGAGUCUGCAAAACAGCGGUCUCCUGAUUUAUAACGGCUUUUCUAUCAACGGCUCAACAACACCAUGCAGCAAAGGCGUCAGCUUAGCACUGUAG